CACAGUCAACUAAAUUAAACCAGUGCUAAGCUGCUAAUUAUCCUGCCAUGGCAGUUUGGUGGCGGAAUAUAAGCAGCUUAAGGAGGCAGCUAAGCUAUCUGUAUAGCAGAGACAUUGCACCAUAUAUAAUUGUUCAACAAUCAGUUCAAAAAAUACGUUAUCAUUCAACAUUGAGGCGCAAGAUUUCUGAUGCUGCUCCAGAUAUACGUAGAGCGAACAAGAACAUCACGAAUUUGAUUCGAAAUGGUCGAUUAGAGGAUGCACGGGAAUUAUUUGAUAAGUUAACACAUCGAAAUACAGUUACUUGGAACUCAAUGAUUAGCGGGUAUGUGCAACAGCGUGAGAUUGUGAAAGCACGGUACCUGUUUGAUGAAAUGCCGCAGAGGGAUGUUGUUUCUUGGAAUUUGAUGAUUUCUGGUUAUUUGUCUUGUAGAGGGAAAGGGUAUUUGGAGGAGGGUAGGAAUCUGUUUGAUGAAAUGCCUGAGAGAGAUUAUGUUUCUUGGAAUACUAUGAUUAGUGGGUAUGCUAAAUGUGGGAGAAUGGGUGAAGCGUUGGAGAUUUUUGAAUGUAUGCCUGUGAAGAAUGUUGUGUCUUGGAAUGCGGUGAUUUCGGGUUUUUUGCGUAAUGGGGAUGUGAAAACUGCUGUUGAGUAUUUUAAGAGAAUGCCGGAGAGGGAUUCGGCGUCUUUUAGUGUACUUGUAUCGGGUUUGAUACAGAACGAGGAAUUGGAUGAGGCGGAACAUUUUCUUUAUGAAUUUGGAGAGAGUAGUGAUGGGAAAGAAGAUAUGGUUCAUGCAUAUAACACUUUGAUUGCUGGAUAUGGUCAGAAAGGAAGAGUUGGUGAUGCUAGACGCAUUUUUGAUAAAGUUCCAUCUUGUAGUGGUCAGGGAAUUAGCAAAAAGAAGAGAUUUGAGAGGAAUGUCGUAUCAUGGAAUUCCAUGAUCCUGGCUUAUAGCAAAGCAGGAGAUAUGGUUUCUGCUAGAGAACUUUUUGAUCAGAUGACGGAGAGGGAUACAUUUUCAUGGAACACAAUGGUUUGUGGCUAUGUCCAUGCCUCAAAUAUGAGUGAAGCAUCAAAUCUGUUUUCUAAAAUGCCAAAUCCUGAUGUACUAACAUGGAAUUCAAUCAUCUCUGGAUAUGCACAGGCGGGAAAGUUGGAAUUGGCACGUGAUUAUUUUGAAAGGAUGCCCCACAAGAAUCGGGUUUCUUGGAAUUCAAUGAUCUCGGGGUGUGAAAGAAAUGCAGACUAUGAAGGAGCAAUAAAGUUAUUCAGGGCGAUGCAACAGGCAGGAGAGAAGCCUGAUAGACACACACUCUCCUCACUUCUAAGUGUUUGUGCUGAAACUGUGGCAUUGUUCCUGGGUAUGCAGAUUCAUCAGUUAGUGACAAAGACUGUUAUACCAGAUAUACCUUUAAACAAUUCCCUAAUAACUAUGUAUGCAAAAUGUGGCAAAAUACAUGAAGCAAGGGCAAUUUUUGAAAAGAUGAAAUUUCAAAAG